CAGUUGAAUUGGCAGCGCGAGCGCGGAGCGCGAUCAUCUCUUCCUCUUUAAUCCUAGUAGUUACAGAAUGAAAGAACAUCUGAAGGAAUAUCUGGCAACCCAGUUUCAACCCGCAUUUCUCUUGGUGUGUGCGCUGAGAUCGGACUGUCACCGCGCUCAGAUCGGCGCAUUAUACCGGAGCUGCACCUGGACUUCACCAGCACACUGCUUUAACGUACAGCUGGAGAACUUUGGAUGUACAUACUUAUUUACCGCUGCCCGACAUUUGAUUUGUUUUGGAGAAGGGCGAUAUGGGGACACGGUGUGCCGAGGUGGCACUCAGACUGAUGAUGGGGAUCCAAACAAGGAGCCUUUUUAUUCCUUUUCAGAAGCUCCUGUAAAAACAAUUGGAUAUCAGGACAUUGAUGACCCUGAGAGCGUCAGUUUGGAGUUAACCUUACAGGAUAGAAAGGAAUCGAAGGUCUCUGCGUUGGAGAAACAGAGUAUCACCAUUUAUUUCUGCGCGCAAGGACGAUUUUCAUCGCAUAAAAGAGACUGAUUGUGUCCGGAGACGCGUGUGCGGACUGUGCGCCCGGUGCGCAAAAAGACCCUCCAUCACCAAGAAGCUUCGCGGAGACGCGGGUGGUUUUGUAGUUGUCGGACAAAAAGAACCACUCUGAAUUUUGAGCGAACUCUCUUCAUACUCACCUAACCAGUCUGCUGGAAAGGGAGGAGCCACACACAAAUCAGCCAAUCCAGAAUGAGGGGUGGGGCCAUGGGGGUUUUACAAGUGCUGUUAUUGGCCAGUCUGCUGGAGCCUGCAACUCUAGCAUUCAGCCGUGCUCCGGUGCCCAUGGCAGUUGUUCGGCGGGAGUUAUCAUGUGAAAGUUACCCAAUUGAGCUGCGCUGUCCCGGCACGGACGUCAUCAUGAUUGAGAGUGCAAAUUAUGGUCGAACUGAUGACAAAAUCUGCGAUGCCGACCCCGCGCAGAUGGAGAACACCCGCUGUUAUUUACCUGAUGCGUACAAGAUCAUGAGCCAGAGGUGUAAUAACCGGACACAGUGCGCUGUUGUGGCCGGACCGGAUGCGUUUCCUGAUCCCUGCCCUGGAACAUACAAAUACCUGGAGGUCCAGUAUGAGUGCGUCCCAUACAAGGUGGAACAGAAAGUUUUCUUGUGCCCAGGGCUCUUGCGUGGCGUUUAUCAGAGCGAGCAUCUGUUUGAAUCGGACCACCAGUCGGGAGCUUGGUGUAAAGACCCCCUUCAGGCCUCAGAUAAGAUCUAUUACAUGCCCUGGACGCCGUAUCGCACAGACACCCUCACCGAGUACUCCAGCAAAGAGGACUUCGUUGCCGGCCGACCCACGACCACCUACAAACUUCCCCAUCGGGUGGACGGCACCGGGUUUGUCGUCUAUGACGGCGCGCUGUUCUUCAACAAAGAGCGCACACGGAAUAUCGUCAAGUUCGAUCUGCGCACUCGCAUCAAGAGCGGCGAGGCCAUCAUCGCCAGUGCAAACUACCACGACACGUCUCCGUACCGCUGGGGAGGCAAGUCGGAUAUCGAUUUGGCGGUGGACGAAAACGGCCUUUGGGUGAUUUAUGCCACGGAGCAAAACAACGGACGCAUUGUGAUCAGCCAGCUGAACCCGUACACGCUGCGGGUGGAGGGAACGUGGGAUACGGCCUACGACAAACGCUCCGCUUCCAACGCUUUCAUGAUCUGUGGAAUCUUGUACGUGGUCAAGAGCGUGUAUGAAGAUGACGAUAGCGAAGCCACUGGGAAUAAAAUCGACUACAUCUACAACACGGAGCUGAGCAAAGAUGGCUAUCUGGACAUCUUUUUCCCAAACUCGUACCAGUAUAUCGCUGCCGUGGAUUAUAAUCCAAGAGAUAAUCUGCUUUAUGUGUGGAAUAACUACCACGUGGUCAAAUAUUCCCUGGAUUUUGGAGUACUGGACAACAGGCUAGAAUCUUCCUCCUCGGGAAACGUCUUAAUGGACACGACAACAACACGCACCACAACUCGGCCCGUUACUGUCACCACGACUACCACUUCCACCUCCACCACCACCACAACUACCACCACAACCAAAUCACCCGCCACAUCGACAACGGCGGUCACGCGGAGCACGACGACAGACCGCCAGUCUCUUCCCGAGGCCUCCACGCGCUCCGACCCUUCCUCUGUCCUCCCCAAUAUCGCGGUGGAGUUCUGCAGCCCCAUCACCGACUCCACUCUCACCUGGCCCAAAACACGACAGGGUCAGGUUGCCAAGCAGCCAUGCCCACCUGGAACCAUCGGAACGGCUGUGUUUGCCUGUCAGGGGCCCGAGGGACUGUGGGACCAGCAGGGGCCCGACCUCAGCAACUGCACCUCCACAUGGGUCAACAUCAUCAACCAGAAGAUCCGAGCGGGUGAGCCUGCUGCCAUAAUCUCCCGUGAGCUUUCCGAACAGACCAAGGGCCACAUGCACGCUGGGGACAUCACCUACACCGUAAGGGCCAUGGGUCACCUCAUCGACCUGCUGGACGUCCAGCUCCGGAAUCUCACCCCUGGGGGAAAAGAUAGUGCCGCCCGGAGCCUCAACAAGCUGCAGAAAAGGGAGCGUUCAUGUCGAUAUUUUGUCCAGGCGAUGGUGGAAACAGUGAACAACCUUCUGCAGCCGCAGGCGCGGACGGCAUGGAUGGACCUCUCGACCGCCGAACAGCUCCGGGCCGCCACCAUGCUGCUGGACACCGUAGAGCAGGGUGCUUUUGUGCUCGCCGACAACCUGCUGAAAACUGACGUUGUGCAAGAAAACACAGAAAACAUCCAGCUGGAGGUGGCGAGGAUGAGCACAGAUGGAAAUCUGCCUGAUCUGAAGUUUCCACAGACAGGAGGCCAAGGGAACGCCAUCCACCUGUCAGCCAACACUCUCAAACAACACGGCAGAAACGGUGAGAUCCGGAUGGCAUUUGUCCUGUAUAAGCAUCUGGGUUCAUACCUGUCCACAGAAAACGCCAGCAUGAAGUUCAGUAGCGAGACGUUAAACACCAACUACUCUGUCAUCGUCAACUCUCCCAUUAUAACGGCGGCCAUCAACAAAGACAGUAACAAAGUUUACCUGUCCGACCCCGUCAUAUUCACAGUGCGACAUAUUCAGCAGUCAGAGGAGAAUUUCAACCCCAACUGUUCAUUCUGGAGCUACUCGAAGCGCAGUAUGACGGGCUUCUGGUCCACGCAGGACUGCCGGCUGCUGGGAACCAACCGAACACACACCACCUGCUCCUGCACACACCUGACCAACUUUGCUGUGCUCAUGGCUCAUGUGGACGUGAAGACGACAGCCCCUGUGCAUGAUCUGUUGCUGGACGUCAUCACGUGGGUGGGCAUCCUGCUGUCUCUGGUCUGUCUGCUCGUCUGCAUCUUCACCUUCUGCUUCUUCCGCGGCCUCCAGAGCGACAGGAACACCAUUCACAAGAACCUCUGCAUCUCGCUCUUCAUCGCUGAAACGCUCUUCCUCACCGGCAUCAACCGCGCAGACCAGCCUAUCGCCUGCGCUGUCUUCGCAGCACUACUGCAUUUCUUCUUCUUGUCUGCGUUCACAUGGAUGUUUCUGGAAGGUGUUCAGCUCUACAUCAUGCUGGUGGAGGUGUUUGAGAGCGAACAUUCACGCAGGAGAUAUUUCUACCUGGCCGGAUAUGGCAUUCCUGCCCUCAUUGUGGCUGUUUCUGCUGCAGUGGAUUACCGCAGUUAUGGGACAGACAGAGUGUGCUGGUUGCGGUUGGAUACUUAUUUCAUCUGGAGUUUUAUAGGCCCCGCCACACUCAUCAUCAUGCUGAAUGUGAUCUUCCUAGGAAUCGCUCUGUACAAGAUGUUCCACCACACUGCCAUCCUGAAGCCAGAUUCUGGUUGCCUUGACAAUAUCAAAUCGUGGGUAAUCGGAGCCAUAGCACUGCUCUGUUUACUGGGCCUGACCUGGGCGUUCGGGUUGAUGUACGUUAACGAGAGUACAGUGAUCAUGGCGUAUCUCUUCACCAUCUUUAACUCCCUGCAGGGCAUGUUCAUCUUCAUAUUUCACUGCGUCCUGCAGAAGAAGGUACGCAAAGAAUACGGGAAGUGCCUUCGGACUCACUGCUACAACGGGAAGAGUGUGGAGUCGUCUAUGGGUUCGGUGAAAAGCUCCUCGUCGCGCGGACCUGGGCGAUAUUCCUCUGCAUCACAGGUUCACCACCCGCCUUGUAUGACAAACUCCUCACAGUUACAGUAUGAACAAAGCCGAAUCCGCCGGAUGUGGAAUGACACGGUGAGGAAGCAGUCAGAGUCUUCGUUCAUGGCUGGGGACAUCAACAGUUCAGCUACACUCAACAGAGGUGCCAUGGCCAAUCACCUCAUCCCAAACUCUCUGCUGCGCUCACACGCCUCUAACAACCCCUAUAACACCUUACUGGGCGAAUCAGCCGUCUAUAACAACCCCACUCUCAGCAUGUACAACGCUCAAGAGCCCUACAGAGAGACAAAGGGAAUCCUGAACAAUGCUCGGGAUACAAGUGCCAUGGAUACUCUACCACUGAAUGGUAACCAUGGCAACAGCUACAGCUUGGCCAGCGCCGAUUACAUGAGCGACUGCGUGCAAAUCAUCGACCGCACGUACAACGUACACAAAGAGACCAUGCUGGAGAAACGGAUCCUGAAAGAGCUCACCUCCAACUACUUGCCCACCUACCUGAACAACCACGACCGCACGGCCGAACACGGACGCAACCUUAUGAACAAGUUGGUGAACGAAGUCAGCAACGGAGGCGGGGUGAAAGACUCGCCCAUGCUGCCCGUCAAUCUUGCACUGGGCUUGGACGACUCUGGAUCUUUCCCGCCCGAGGACAGUCUAGGGCUGGAUCUGAUCAGGGAGGAGUCCAAUGCACCUUUGCUUCCCCCACCACGCCACAUCCAGCCUCUUCCCACCACAUUCAGCUCAGCCUCUUCACUGCGACGGCGCCUUCCCCAAGAAAACAGUGAGAGUUUCUUCCCUCUGCUGACAGAGGAGCAAACGGAAGAGACUCCGUCCCCGCAGAGAGACUCGCUCUACACCAGCAUGCCCACGUUGCCCGACCCUGAGCGCGCCGACACGCAUUCGCUGCCCCGCGGUGGUGACACGCACACGCUUCCCAGGACCGGGGAGCCAGAUGACGUGUACUAUAAGAGCAUGCCCAACUUGGGCUCACGCAACCAUCUGCACCAGCUGCAUAACUACUACCAACUGGGCCGCGGAAGCAGCGACGGCUUUAUCGUCCCGCCCAAAGAUGAGCUUUCGCCCGAAGAAAUGCCGCAGGAGCCCGCACACAUGGUCACCAGCCUAUAGAGGGUGCCGAAGGUCACGCGUUCUGCUCUGCUCAUCCUCAUCACCCAGUGACAUCUCGAGCUCCACGUGCUCUUCUACGUUUCCGUACCGUUCUGUCGUCCGCAGUUGUUCACUCUUGCUUCUACGUGUCCGCAGAAAAAUGAACUGCAACAACAAACCCUGUGAGGCGAUUUUUGUAUUCUGUUCAGGAAAGGAUUAUGGGUACUUUUGCUUGUUGAGGAAUGAAAGCUGACAUUCUUUUGAUUCUAUUGGUCGUGCACUUCUACUUAAAUGGGAAAAUAGGCCCAAAAAAAGGAUUUGCUGUACAACCUUACGGGGAGUGCGAGAUUUCGAGGGUUUUUCACUCUUGGCAGCCCCGAAUGAAUACAAAUAACUGCCAAAAACAUUGUUAGUAGCUCAGUGCGUCUAGUCAACACCAAUCAAGUCUGAAACAAUGUGACUCGGAAACUAUUUUAAUACCUUCUGUAUCCAUAUUUGCUUUUUAAAUAUGUUUCUUCUUCUCAUGUGGUGAACAGCAGCACAUUUUGCUGUGACAGAGAACAAUGCCGAAGAAGGAGGACUCCACCGUUUCUGUUCUUUGCUGUAUUAAUAACAAAUAUUAAAAAGUGGGGGAAGAACUAAUACCGGAGAAUUCUACAAUAUUUCUAUGUAAAUGUACAGACACUAGUGUUACACAGGAUAGUGCUUAUUCUGUUCCUACGCCUUUCCGCUUCCGUAACCAUGGUGAUUUCAGAUCAUUUCCUUUCUCUUCUGAUGGUCUUGUCCUCAACACGACAGGUUUUGAUCCCUCGCUCUUUUUUAAUUAUAUCUUUUACAUUCAUGUCUUCAUUUCAGUUUGAAUAAUGGCAAGUAGAAAAAAAACAACAGAAUAGACAAAAAAAAAAAAAAAAACUAUUUUUCCUCAUUCUAUUUGAUUUAUAGACACCAGUUUGUAGAUGAAGAAAGCAUUGAAAAUAUGUUGCCAUUUUGGGGUAGAGAUAUGAGAAUCGCAGUAUAUGAUCAACAGAAGUCGUUUUCAUUCAGAGAGAGUGAGAUUUUGACAGAGAUGCAUACGAGGCAGAGAUCCACAUUUAGAAUGAGAGAAACCUAAAAAUACCUUCUUUUUGCCUUUUUUUUUCUUUCUGGUGGAGAAUGAAUGUUUAUUUAUUUCACUGAGGGGAAAAAAGUACAAACUAUUCUGCAAAACUGCUAGAGGUGAAAUGAAUGUGGCACAUUAUAAUUUUUUAUCAUAACAAAUAUGAUUAUUAAUUUUAUUUAUUCUUUUGUUUAUCCUUUUUUUUCUUCUCCUGUGGUUGAAUGACCUCUCACUAAUAUUUGUUGUAACAGUGAAACUUGUUUGCCAACAAAUAAAUGGCUGACAGAGUGAAGCCGAGAGUU